GGCGGGGAGUGAGCGCCCAGCGAGCUGCGGGCGGGCUAGUGCUCCGCCGCAGCGACCCGCGGGCCGGCGGGCUAGCGAGCCAGCGCAGUACCCGCGGCUCGGCCCCCGGCAGCCGCCGGACCGAGAGCCGAGCCGCCGCCCCCAGCCCAGCCCUCCCGGCCGCAGGACCGCCGGGGCCUGGCCGCGGGUCGGGCGUGCGCCAAGUUCAGCCGGCACCGGCACGGCCAGGCCAGAAUGGUGGACCACUUGCUUCCAGUGGACGAGAACUUCUCGUCGCCAAAAUGCUCAGUUGGUUAUCUGAGUGAUAGGCUGGUCAGCCAGCGGGCAUAUCACAUGCUGCCCUCACCCCUCUCCGAAGACGACAGUGAUGCCUCCAGCCCCUGCUCCUGUGCCAGUCCCGACUCUCAAGCCCUCUGCUCCUGCUAUUGUGGAGGCCCGGGCACCAAGAGCCAGGACAGCAUCUUGGACUUCCUACUGUCCCAGGCCACGCUGGGCAGUGGCGGGGGCAGCGGUGCCAGCAGUGGCCCAAUGGCCUGGGGGCCGUGGCGAAGGGCAGCGACCCCUGUGAAGGGGGAGCAUUUCUGCUUCCCUGAGUUUCCUUUGGGUGACCCUGAUGACGUCCCAAGGCCCUUCCAGCCUACCCUGGAGGAGAUUGAAGAGUUUCUGGAGGAGAACAUGGAGCCGGGAGUCAAAGAGGCCCCAGAAGGCAACAGCAAGGACUUGGAUGCCUGCAGCCAGCUCUCGGCUGGGCCACACAGGAGCCACCUCCAUCCUGGGUCCAGCGGGAGAGAGCGCUGUUCCCCUCCACCAGGUGGUGCCAGUAUAGGAGGUGCCCAGGGCCCAGGUGUUGGCCCCACACCUGAUGGCCCCAUCCCAGUGCUGCUGCAGAUACAGCCUGUGCCUGUAAAGCAGGAAUCGGGCAUGGGGCCGGCUUCCCCUGGGCAAGCCCCGGAGAAUGUCAAGGUUGCCCAGCUCCUAGUCAACAUCCAGGGGCAGACCUUCGCGCUCGUGCCCCAGGUGGUGCCCUCCUCCAACUUGAACCUGCCCUCCAAGUUUGUGCGCAUUGCCCCUGUGCCCAUUGCUGCCAAGCCUGUCGGGUCAGGACCCCUGGGGCCUGGCCCUGCUGGUCUCCUUGUGGGCCAGAAGUUCCCCAAGAACCCAGCCGCAGAACUCAUCAAAAUGCACAAAUGUACUUUCCCUGGCUGCAGCAAGAUGUACACCAAAAGCAGCCACCUCAAGGCCCACCUGCGCCGGCACACGGGCGAGAAGCCCUUCGCCUGCACCUGGCCGGGCUGCGGCUGGAGGUUCUCACGCUCUGACGAGCUGUCGCGGCACAGGCGCUCGCACUCGGGCGUGAAGCCGUACCAGUGUCCCGUGUGCGAGAAGAAGUUCGCGCGGAGCGACCACCUCUCCAAGCACAUCAAGGUGCACCGCUUCCCGCGGAGCAGCCGCUCCGUGCGCUCUGUGAACUGAAAAUGCCCCACAUCCCCGCCUGUCCCUCACCCCAGAUCCCCACCCCAGCCACAUUUUUUUUAAGCAAUAAUUUAUUUGCCUCCUCCAGAGGAACAUGACAAUGUUACCAGCCCACCUUCUGAAGCCUGGGAGGUGUGAACCCAGGGCCCGCCAACCGCUGCCUUUCUUGGGAGGACUUAGAGCCUCGCACCCGCGUCCCUGGGGGCUGGGCCCUGGCACACGGGGCUGGAGGCAGGCCUUUGUGCCUUUGUGCCUUCGUGCCUUUCGGCGGUGGCCAGGCCUCUGCUGCAGCCACUGGUUGCAGGCAGAGUUUUGGGGACCUGGCCCUUCUCCCACUGGGCUCCCCACCUGGGCCAAGGCCAGAACUUUAGUGCUUGGGGAAGUGAAAUGUGCAGUUAUGAAAUGUUUGGUUCCCAGAGAGAGUCACGCUGGGGGAAGAGGAAGUAGGCCAGAAGUCUAGGGCUGUACUGUGGUGUGAGGGUGGCUUUGUCCAAGAUGCCGGCUCAGCAUGAUCACCAGAGAGUGUGGGCAGAGCCCAGGAGGGGCAGGGCAGUACCAGGCGGCUGGGGCCUCAUGCAGGAGAGAGGUGAAAAGUGUCCCCCACUGAGGGGCUGGCAGUGCAUGUGCUUGAGUUAAAUGUGCAGGGCAGACAGAGCCAGAAGCGCCUGUAUCCAGGGACAUGUCCCCUCCUCCAGUUCCCAGACAAAUCCAGACACCAGCCUCUAGGGUGGCCUUGGGAGGAGAGGGCCAGGCUGUCCUGGGUGUGAGAGAACUAGAUAGAGCCUCCCAACCCUGAUUUAGAAAUGCAUUCCUUAUUUUGUCUAGAAAUUAAUAAAUGAACUAGCUUGUUUUGACAGGUUUAUUUCACAUCCUAUGAAUGUAUGUAAAUAAACUGUACAUAGGUCCAUCCACAUAAAAUAUCUUUUAAUAACAUAUCAACAUUUGUGUAAAUUUGAAAUUAAAAAUAAUCUGUGAAGCUGGUGUACAUAUGUUACAAUUAUGUAUAUUUUCUUUGGUCCUUCAUAAAAAUAUAUUUACUUUGCCAAUAAAAAGAAAAAGAACUCACA